AAGCGCCAGGUGAGUUGUAACUUUAUGACUUGACUUGACUUGACUUGUUCGGUCCGGUUUCGCUUCCCUGCACCGCCACACCGGAGUUUCCCAAUCGGGCCCCCCCUUCUCUUCGGCCCGUGAUUGGCCCAUCUGCCCCGAAUGAAUCACGACAUCUCCAGAGGUGAAGCAAUUAAGCUAUUCCACUCGGUGUCAAGAUCGUGUGCCAUUCCUCCCGCAUCACUCCCCCUUUGCCCCCUACCCCCGUUCCUGAUUGCUGGAUCUUAUCUUGCCUUGUCCUCCAGCGACUCCAUCUCCUGUACCUGUCUUUCUUAGUUCUAUCUACCUAUCGAGUGCCAGCCCCAUUGACACUCACACACUGUAUCACGUCACGUGCAGACCACCUCGCUCUGCCCGAUCACCACCACCCCUGCAAGAAUUACAUAGCUAAGGCUUUUUGGCUCCGUUGCGGGAGCAAUGGACCACGCAGUGCUUGCCGAAUCGGAUAGCACAUCGGAGACCGAUGAUCAACUCAAGGCUUGGGAGUCCGAUCCGCGUGCGGUGACGGCCCAGCUGGCCGAGAACUCGCCUCAUUCCCCGUCCCCAGUGGAGUGUGGCAUCGGCCAUCGCGUCCAGGCUAGUCGGUCAGUUCUAGCCUUGGAGCUAGACAACGAGUGUGUCUUUGCUGGCCUUCAGGGAGGAGACAUUGUCGCCUGGUCGUUGGAAACGUACGACCUCGUGCUCUCGGUGCAUGCGCAUCAGGAGAGUGUCCUGGAUCUGUUCCUCUCGGAAGACGGUGAACUUUUGUUCUCCAGCGGUGGAGAUUCAGUCGUCAAUGUUUGGUCGACGAGGACCUUCGACCGUCUCUUCUCGAUCCACUCCCACCACGAUGUGGGCGACAUAUUUGCUGUGGCCUACUCGUCUACCUUGAAGACCAUCUACUGUGGUGGACAGAACACCAGCAUCCAGUGGUGCGAUAUCUCGCAAACAGACGCGGCCUCGACCCGCCGCUCAGCUGCUCAACUGUCUAGACGGACUCAUCGAUUCUUUGACUCCCGAGGCCCGGAUGGCUCUCGUGCCGGCGUGGGCCCAGACGGUGCUCAUCCCGUCACGCAGGGUGGUCAAGUCCUCACGUUCAAGCGUGACCACCACCGUCUCUUCUCUCACCAUGGAUACAUCUAUACCAUGCGUCUGGUGAGAGGGCUCAUCGAGUCUGCGCCUAAUGAAGAGGUACUGCUGACUGGUGCGGGCGAUGGCGUUGUUAAGAUGUGGCGCCUGGAACAGGAGAAGGAAAAUGGAGUUCCUUCUCAGAUCGCAAAGCUGCAGAAUGGAGACCCGGUUCUUUCACUUGCCGUCGAAGGGUCAUUCCUCUACUGUGGGCUGGCAGGGGGUGCCCUGAACAUCUGGAAUCUGGACUCGCACCAGCUCAUCAAGCGGAUCUCCAUGCACACCGGCGAUCUCUGGGCAGUCGACAUCAUCCAUGGCGUCGCAGUGUGUGGAGAUUCAAAUGGUAUCAUCAAGAAAUUCAACUCGCGGUUUGAGGAGAUCGGUAGCUGGGUCGCUCAUGGAGGCACCAUGCUGGCGUCGGCGGUCGGCCGGUUCAAAGAUCGUGAUAUCUUUGCCAGCGGAGGAAACGACAACACGGUCGGCAUUUGGGACCUGACCGACGUGUCUCGCUCCCAGGGCGAACAGCCUCCUAUCAACAACGAUGAAAUGGUCAACUGCCUGGCCAAGUUCGUCGCCUACAAGACAAUCUCAGCCAGCCCCAAAUUCUCCGAUACGAAUCCGAUUGUGCAUGCGCGGUUCAAUGCCACGGCAUCGGAUAAGGUGGAUAAGACCAUCUUGUUCUACGGUCAUUAUGAUGUCGUAGGAGCUGAUGCCAACCACGCCAAAUGGAAGACCGAUCCCUACCAGCUAACUUCCAUUGACGGUUUCUUGUACGGUCGCGGCGUGUCUGACAACAAAGGCCCCAUCCUGGCGGCCCUCUACGCAGCAGCCGAUCUUGCGCGACGGAAAGAGCUGCGGUGCAACGUUGUGUUCCUCAUUGAGGGUGAAGAAGAGUCCGGGUCCCAGAACUUCCACGAAACGGUCCGCAAGAACAAGGCCCAGAUCGGUCCGGUGGAUUGGAUCUUGCUGGCCAACAGUUACUGGCUGGAUGACUACAACCCGUGCCUCACCUACGGUCUCCGUGGUGUUGUCCACGCCAACCUGGUCGUAACAAGUGACCACCCCGACCUUCACAGUGGUAUCGAUGGAAGUUCGCUGCUGGACGAGCCUCUGAAGGACCUGACCAUGCUCCUGAGCACUUUGGUUGGGCCCAAGGGUCGAAUCAAUAUCCCUGGGUUCCAGGACCCGGUUCUUCCCAUCACCGAGGCUGAAAAAGACCGCUACACUGCAAUCUCUGAUAUCCUUCUCCCUCGCCACCCCGAAAUUGCAGACAGCGAAGCCCUCAUCAGAUCGCUCAUGCAUCGCUGGCGGGAGCCGUCGCUCACUAUCCACUCGGUCGAAACCCCCGGUAGUAGCAGAGGAACCACUGCGACGAUUUCCCGCAAAGCGAAGGCCAGCCUGUCACUCCGACUGGUGCCAAACCAAGAAGCGGACGAGGUGGCCACCAGCCUUACCAUGUAUGCGCAAGAGCAGUUCGAUCGACUGGAGUCGCAGAAUGACCUGACCGUUGAAAUCACCGGCAAGUCCGAUCCCUGGCUGGGCGACCCGGACAACGAGAUCUUCGAGACGCUUGCUGAGGCCAUCACGGCGGCCUGGGCGCCCGACAACAAGACCCCUACACAUCAAUUCCCGCCUCUUCAACAGGGCCGCAACGACCAGACCACAGAGUCUAAGCGGCCCAACGAGCGAUCUGGCCUGCAGCGCAAGGACUCGGUUGACAGUCUGGCCUCUCACAUCGACCGGGUGAUCAUGUCCACGACGACAUCUUCCACACGGAAGACGGCGCAUCAACGGUCGUCGCUGAGCACGACGGUGCCCACAUCAUCAACCCUUGCGAACAAGUCGGGGGCACCCGUCCCCGACAAACACGCCGAGGCAUCGACAGCCGAUGGCGCCGAGAAGAGGGCUCCCACAUCCACGCCUGGCCAGGCCUCUUCCGGUGUGCGGCCCAUCUACAUCCGCGAGGGCGGGUCCAUCCCGACGAUCCGGUUCCUCGAGAAGGAAUUCGGCGCGCCAGCAGCGAAUCUGCCCUGCGGCCAGGCGAGUGACAACGCGCAUCUGAACAACGAACGGCUGCGGGUGGAGAAUCUGUACAAAAGCCGGGAGAUUUUUGGGUAUGUGUUUUCGAAGUUACCGGAGAGGUUGUAGAUAUGCGGGGACCGGCGUUCGAUAGGGAGUGAGUGAGAGAAUAGAGAGAACAGUAUUACAGCAAUGCA